UGGGCGAGUGGGCGAGGCGUGCGGGUGGGACGUGUACAUGGGAGAUGUUGGAGGGCGCGUUUACAGGGUCGGAUGGAUCUAGGUUUCCUUUGGAUGGACUCCAGCAAGUAUAUCUUGGCUUGCUUCCCGUUCGAUUGAGAUGCUUCCUUUUCCCUUCGAAACCGCAAACCACAAUCGUUCCAUUACAGCGACACCAAGAUCCCAAUAUACGAAGGUGAUCACCACUACCUAAUUGCACCAACCUGACCUUUACCCUUUACCUCUCUCUACUACCCCUUCUCACACUACUUUCAAUUAUACAACCUGCUCUAUGGCCCCCUGCACAGAUAAUACCAUUGCCCGCCAGGCUACUGGUACUUGCUCCAAGAGCAACUUUCCUGGUCUUCUCAUGAGCAGCUUUGCUCUUCCUGAGCGCCCAAGAAGCCGUCGAGCCAAGUACCCCAAAGUCCGCACAGGCUGCAUCUCUUGUAAGAAGAGACAUGUCAAGUGUGAUGAGGCAAAGCCCGCCUGUAACAGGUGCCUCAAGUGGUCUGGAGUCUGCAGCGGCUACGCACCCCCUCCUGCAAAGACAUCACCGGUUCCCAAGCCGGAGCCCAAGCCCAAGAAGGGUUCUCCCCGCCCCAUCAUGAUGCGUACGGAAUCGUCCCCUCUUCUAUCCGUGCCAGCCGUCGACGACAGAUUUUCAUCAUGCUCGCCAUCCCCUUCUACACCUCCCACACCCACCCUCAACGGCUACGGCUACAACGCCAUCGGCUCCAUUGUCGACCAGUACGACCCGAUCCAAGCAGAGGCAAGCAUUCUCGAUGCCGCCUUCUGGACAGACACAGUCCCGCGCCUGGUCCGCGACAACCUGGCCGUUCGCUAUGCCAACAUGGCCGUCCACAUCCUCAUCCUCUCGAAGCAGCCCGAAUUGAUUGUCUCUGACGGCUCCAGCGACGGCCAGGACCACUACUCGCAAGCAUUGGGCUACUACGGCCUUGCCAUCCGCCAGAUGAGAGAUGCCCACGAAGCCGGCGGCAACCUAAGAGCCGCAAUCUUGUGCUCCAUGUUUUUUGUCAUCUUCGAGGCUAUCAACGGUGACAAGGACGCUGCCGAGGCACACCUGCAGUGUGGCCAGCGCAUGCUCGACAACCUCUUCUCACUACUACCCCAGUCUGCCAUUAUGGGCUCGUCUGCCGGUAGUCUGAGAAAGGAGAUCCGAAACCUGCUACAGUAUAUUUCGCUGCAGGUGCGAAUUGGCGGCGUCAACUGCUGGAAGGGCGAGAUGGACGCCUUUUACACAAACUACCUCGAGGACUACCUCGUGCCGGAGCAGGACGAUGCCAUGCUGGCGCUCUGUGACCCGGACCUCUUUCUCCCGGAGAUGUACUUCCAGGACGACCUUAUGUGAAUGACCGGUGGCUCUUUGUAUUGAUUGUACUUUAUUGGAAUCGUUUUAUAUGGGCUGCAUGGUGUUUGGGAUAGAUUUUGAUUGCGCUUACGCCUACACGCUCGAACAAAAAAGAGCCACUACUCCGCUGCUUUGAAUGAAAGAAUUUAUUGCUUUUCUGCUUCAAAUUGGUUAUUACUGAUUCUUGUGACCUUAUUUGCACUUUCGUUUAUUAGUGAAAUGUAAAUUGAAAAGGAAAUCAUUAUU